GCCAGUGACCGCAGAGAUGGGGGACACACUCAUUCACAGGAACCUCGACCCAAACAAGGAUUAAAGAAACAACCUGCGACGAAACAGGAAUCUCUUGAAAUCUGCGAUCGACCCUUCGGGUAUGCUGGUUUUCAAGAUGGCGCCGCUCUCAUCGUCCACACGUGAGGUGUUCAGUGAAGCAGUUCGGGCUGUUUUGGAAACUUGGCCGGUGCUGCAAAUAGCGGUGGACAACGGCUUCGGUGGAGCGUUCAGUCAGCAGAAGGCGGAGUGGAUGGUGGACGCGCUGCAGCAAUACUUCACCGACAACGGUGAUCUCCAGCAGGAUGAGGUGGAGGACUUUAUCUCUGAGCUCAUGAACAAUGAGUUCAACACAGUGGUGGAUGAUGGCAGUCUGCCUCAGGUGGCGCAGCAGGUGUGUGGGAUGUUCCAGCAGUGUGAGCAGGGCAGAUUGGCGGAGGUCAGAGAGCAGAUCCUUAAACUGAAACAGAAGAAGACAAGCAGCGGAAGAGCUAAAGCCACUCCUGCACAAACACCUCAGGAUGAUGAUGAUGAUGAUGAUGAGGAAGAGGCUAUGGAUUGUGAAGGAGGAUCAGCAGUGGCUUCAGUCAGCAGUACAGCAGUGAAUGAUCUUCAUCAUGAGGAGGAGGAAGAUGACGGAUGGACAGUCGUGCGCAGAAAAAAGUGACCAAUCUCUCACUUCCUGCAUUCAUGACAUUUAAAGACAUUUUAAGGGCUUGUGUCACUUCUACUUUGGACUUUUCUGCUUUUUCAGCCACUGAUAUAAAAUGGUAGGAUCUCCUCAGGCAACCUUAUGAAGUCCUGUCUCUGGAACACAGAUUGGAUGUUGUCCAGGGAAAUUCAGGUGCAUAUACAUUCAUGCAUUUAAAUGUUUAUGGUCGAAUCAUUUAUCACAGUUUCUCUGUUUGACUUCAUCUGAAUGCAUUUAUUUAUAAGCGGUAGGUCAAUGCCUGCUCCUCUGUCGCCCCCUUGUGGAACUAUAGAAUCACAGCAGCAGUGGUGAAUAUGCUGUUUAACAGGCACACCAAGAGAAAAAACUGCAGUUACAGAGCUUGUUAAAUGAUUAACAUCAUCAUUUCUUCCACAUUUUAAAUAAAAAUAUUGUCUGUCUUCA